AUGGGUUUGGAUUACUACGCUGUGCUGAACGUCCCGCGCAACGCCACUACCGAGGAAAUUAAAAGAGCCUUUGUGAAAUCCACAUCGUCGGGCGAAACAGACUUGGCGCUGUUGAGCGAGGCAUACGACGUACUGGUUAGUGUCAAGCUGCGACAAUUGUUUGACGAUGUUGGUGAAGAAGGCCUGAAAGGGGAACCGUAUUUUUAUGAGUUUUCCAAGGACAGUGCGCAACUGUUGAAGGAAGCUACUGGAGAGAGCACUGCUACUGAUUGCAGCACCAUCGUAAAAUAUCCUGCGCAUGGUCCAACAGACACCAGAAAGCCAACGUUCAUGUGGAACUCACCCAUCAAGUUGCUGAUCAAUGUGCAUCUCGUGGAGUGCUUCUAUGGAUUCAUCAAAAACAUUCAUUACAGCAGAGCGCGAGUUAGUAACGGUGUCAUUACCUGGGGGCCUGAGUACGCAACGGUUUGCCUGAAACCCGGAUUACCGCACAAAACGGUCGUCGUCCUUCCGGGUGCGGGUCACAUCUACGAAGAUUUGCCACCCGGUGAGGUUCAUCUUCUCUUCGAACAGAUUCCGGAUCCUCGCUUCAGCCGAUACGAGGCGGACCUGCAAUUGCAGCAACCGCUGGCACUGGCCGACGUGUUCCAGGGCAAGCCGGUCACGAUCAUCGGUAUCGAUAAUAAACUUAUUCGUCUGGAGAUUCCGAUGGUGACGGCACCGAUACAUCGUAUUACCAUCCCCGGUGAGGGCAUGCCGGUACCCGGUGGUAACGGAGCUCGUGGGAAUUUGCAGAUCAUAUUCACAGGUUCGUAG